AUAUAUAUAUAUAUAUAGUCAAGUGAUCUUAAAUAAGUUUCUACCUAGAGUUAAGAGUAGAGUUACACUAGACUGUGACUAGACGCUAGUUAAGCGGCUAGACUCUAGUUCUGGACAAGAAAUUAUAGAUCUAGUAAAAAAUGAACUCGUUAAUAUGUUUAAUAUGCUUUAUUGUCUAUGCACUUGGACUUGGAGAAGAAAUUAGGCCUUUGAUAACUGAUAAAGUCUCAUUUGAUAUUACUAUUGGAGGAGAAAGUGCUGGAACUAUAGAAAUUGCUGUUUUUGGUGAUGUUGUCCCCAAGACUGCUAGAAACUUUGUGGAACUUGCAAGUGGCAUUAAUGGUUAUGGAUAUGAGGGGAGUAAAUUUCAUAGAGUGAUUCCUGACUUUAUGAUUCAAGGGGGAGACUUUGACAAGAAAGACGGAACUGGCUUCAAGAGUAUCUAUGGUGGCUACUUUGAUGAUGAAAACUUUACUCUGAACCACUAUGCAUCCGGAUGGGUGAGCAUGGCUAAUGCAGGGAAAGACACAAAUGGUUGUCAGUUUUUUAUCACUCUGACCUCGACACGCUGGCUUGAUGGCCAUCACACAGUAUUUGGCAUGGUUUUGAAAGGUAUGGACAUUGUCAACAAAAUUGCUGAAGUCAAAACAAAUGCCUAUGAUGCUCCUGUUGAAGACGUGGUCAUUGUUAAGUCCAGAGUUGAAUCUGCCAGACAUGAACAAAUAUUUGUUGAUAUUGUUCCAGAGGACUAAUUGUGAUAUGUUUAAAUAAAAAGCUGAAACUAAUUGUUAUCUUUAACAGGUACAGUCAUGGUCAGUAUUAGUUGAAGACUUUUUCUGUGUCCACACUUUUUCUGAGGGUUAAUAGGAUUUUUUUCUACUAAAAUUAAAGGAUGAAUUCCAUGUUAAAGAAGUUAAAGAUUUGUAAAAAUGUAUUUGAGGCUAUGGAUUUUCAUUACUACUUUUGAUAUACAUUUAUUAAUAUUGUACUAUUUUUUAGUUGUUGAAGGUUAUGUGUAACAUUAAUUACACACUUUACAAUGAAGUGCCUUAUUGUUCUAUAUUUAUCAAGGUUUCAUGUCAAACAUAUACAAUGAAGAAUUUGUAACAUUUUACACUAAGAUCAAAAUCUGAAAACUUUAUAUUUUAUACAGUAUUAUAUUUUUUAUUUUGUACAUUGCUGUGUUCUACAUUAUAUUGUACAAGUUUAACAACUUUUUAUAUCAUUCUAAAAGUUUUCACAUUUUUAUAUACAAACUAUUUGACACUGAAAUAAAACUAUGUACUUAAUAUA